AUGAAGCUCGCACUGGUUUUCUGCGGUUUAAUAGCGCUUUGCGCAAGUCACGUCAUUCCCAGCGUCCCAGGAGACAAUAGCCAUUAUGUAGAGGGUGAAAGCCGCUACAUUUGGAUGCCAGAUGGUGAGGGAAACCCAGUUUUGGUAGAUCUACAAGAGCCCGUUAAUGAAAUGUUCUUAAACAGUAGAAACGGUGCCAAUAAUCAGUACUGGCUUUUCACUAGGAAUAAUCGUGGCGGUAACUGGAACAACGUGCACUUAGUUGGAUUCAGUUUAGGUGCUCACGUAGUAGGUGUUGCUGGGCGUCAAGCCGGUGGUCGGCCCUCUCGUGUAACUGGUCUAGAUCCAGCUGGUCCAGGUUGGAAUACUAACAACAACGCUCUUAACCGUAACUCUGGUCGCUACGUAGAGGCUAUCCACACUGAUGGUCGUAAGUUAGGUAUCAUGACGGCAAUCGCUAAUGCUGAUUUUUACCCUAACGGAGGACGACAUCCUCAGCCAGGCUGUACAUCAAGCCCUUGCUCUCAUGGACGUGCGCCUGAACUGUUCGCAUCUACCGUGGGCUACAACCGUCAUGUUGGUAGACGUUGCGUGAAUUUGGCUGAAGCAGAGAUCUCAGCCUGCGCUGGAGCAACUCUAAACAUGGGUAACGCCAUUGUCAAUAAGAAUGGAAACGGUAUCUUCGGUCUUCGAACAGCCAAUCGAUGGCCUUUCUAA